AUUUGAUUGUUUUUGAUACUAUGACUCUGACGUACAAGCCACGCCCUGUAUUGCGCAAGUUCAUUAUUAAAUGCGACCUCCCAAUCAGCUGACUGACGUUAAGCUUCAUGCUUUACUUAUCAAACAAUAUGAAACCCUUAUUUGUGUUUCUCCUCUUCUGUCAUGUUGCAUCUACAGUGAAACACUCCCUGAAAUAUGUCCUUACUGCAACUUCCGGAGUCCCAAACUUUCCAGAGUUUGUGGGUGUUGCGAUGGUCGAUGAAGUCCAGAUGGGUUACUGUGACAACAACAUGAAGACCAUGGAGGUCAAACAGGACUGGAUGAGAGAUUUGAUGAAGGAUGACCCACAACACCUGCAGUGGUUAUCUCUGAGGUGUUUCAGCUUUCAGCAGUUCUUCAGAGCAAACAUUGACGGCUUGAAGCAACGCUUAAACCAAACUGGAGGCGCCCACAUUUUACAGAGGAUGAGCGGCUGUGAGUGGGAUGAUGAGACUGGAGAGGUGACUGGUUUUAAUCAGUACGGUUACGAUGGAGAGGACUUCCUUGCGUUGGACCUGCAGACGCUGACGUGGACUGCUCCAAAACAGCAGGCGUUCACCACCAAACUUAGAUGGGAUGCUGAUGAAGCCAGAUUAGAGGACAAUAAAAAUUACUUCAUCCACGAAUGUCCCGACAUGCUGAAGAAGUACGUGCACUAUGGGAGGAGCUUUCUGCAGAGAACAGACCUUCCCUCAGUGUCUCUCCUCCAGAAGACUCCCUCGUCUCCAGUCAGCUGCCACGCUACAGGUUUCUACCCUGACAGAGCCAUGAUGUUCUGGAGGAAAGAUGGCGAGGAGGUUCAUGAGCACGUGGACCACGGAGAGAUCCUCCCCAACCACGACGGAUCCUUCCAGAUGAGCGUGGACCUGAACCUUUCAUCAGUCUCACCUGAAGAGUGGAGGAGGUACGACUGUGUGUUUCAUCUCUCUGGUUGGAAGGACGACAUCGUCACCAAACUGGACCAAGCAGUGAUCAGGACCAACCGGGUUCCAGAGUUUCCUGCUGGUUUGGUUGUUGGAGUUGUUGUAGGACUGCUGGUGCUCCUGGUGAUCUGCAUCACUGGACUCCUCAUCUGGAGGAGGAACAAUAAUGGGUUCCAGCCUGUUAACAGGAGGCAGUGAAGAUUAGAAGAGGAUGCUGAAGUCCACAAUAUCACCUGUUUUUUAAGACAGGAUUUGAUAUAAACAUCUCCUUGGAUAGACAACACUAUCCAUGAGCUCAAGAGACGAUGCAGAGCAGCAGAAAGGAAAUGGAGGAAAUCAGGACUGGAGGUUCACCGUAGCAUCUAUAAAGAACACAUAGUAACCUACAAUAACGCUAUACGGUCUGCAAGAAGGGUUUAUUUUUCUAAGAUAAUAACAGAAAAUAAAAAUAACUCAAGAACAUUGUUUUCUAACAUUGACAGACUGCUGAAUCCUGCACCUGCAAAUGACUUUCUAAGCCAAGCCUCUACCCUCAAAUGUGAAGAAUUUGCAACUUUUUUCAACAACAAAAUCACGAAAAUCAGAGCUAGCAUUGCAAAACCUGCAGACAAAUCAGGCAUUCAACCUCAUGAAAGGCAGGCAACCAUGAGCAAAUUCACCAGCAUCUCAAUCCCAGAACUCUGUAAAAUCGUUAAUCUGAUCAAACCAUCGUCCUGUUGUCUUGACCCCAUUCCUUCUCGGUUCUUCAAGAAAGUUUUCAAUAGCAUCUCAAACCCAAUCCAGAAAAUGAUUAACGCAUCCCUUGAAAUAGGAGUCUGCCCUGAGGCCUUCAAGACCGCUGUUAUUAAACCACUACUGAAGAAGUCAAAUUUAGACUGUGAAACCUUGAGUAAUUAUAGACCCAUAUCAAACCUCUCAUUUUUAAGCAAAAUAUUGUUUUCCACCAAAUAAAUAACUUUUUAAAUGAAGACACAUGACAUAACUUGUGGUGUUGCACAAGGGAGCUGCCUUACCCCUUCUCACUUUACAUGCUCCCACUGGGUGAUAUCAUCAGGGAACAUAAUGUUAGCUUCCAUAGCUACGCUGAUGAUACACAAUUGUACCUACAGUGGGUAAAAUAAGUUUUGAACACGUCACCAUUUUUCUCAUUAAAUAUAUUUCUAAAGGUGCUAGAGACAUGAAAUUUUCACCAGAUUACCCAAGUAAUCCAAGAAAAAAAAAAGUAGACCAAGAAAAAUUGUGACGUGUUCAAUGCUUAUUUUACCCGCUGUAUCUGUUGAGCCAAAUGAUAAAGACGCCUUAAGCCCCCUAACUGCCUGCCUAUCAGAAAUUAACACCUGGAUGAACAAUAACUUUCUUAAAUUAGUGAUGGCAAGACAGAAAUUCUAUUAGUUGGCCCCAAACCCAAUAGGGAUGUUUUACUAGAGAAACUUGGUCACCUAACUCAUCUAAUCAAACCAGAAGUAACAAGUCUGGGGGUUACCUUAGACUCUGACUUAAGUUUUGUGCCCCAUAUUAAAAAAGUGACCAAAGUGUCAUUCUUCCGUCUCAGACACAUUGCGAAAGUGCGACCUUUACUGACCCAGCAAGAUGCAGAAAAAUGAAUGCACGCCUUCAUAUCAAGCAGACUAGACUACUGCAAUGCACUUUUUACUGGUCUUCCUAUAAAAACAAUUGAGAGGCUACAACUCAUCCAAAACUCUGCUGCCAGAUUGCUAACAAGAACAAAAAAGAGAGAACACCUCACUCCAGUCUUGGCUACGCUGCACUGGCUGCCUAUAGCUGCCAGAAUUGAUUUUAAAGUUAUUUUAAUUGUGUACAAGGCUCUAAAUGGCUUAGGACCAGCCCACAUCACAGACUCCCUGUUGCUCUAUGUUCCUACACGAACACUGAGAUCCUCCACUGCUGGUUUCCUAGCUCCUCAAAACCCAUCGAAAAAGAAAAUCCGAGAUGCAGCCUUUUUCACUUAUGCUCCCAAACUGUGGAACAGCCUAAGCGAAAACAUUAGAGAGGCAUCCUCAGUUGACACUUUCAAGAAUCAUCUAAAAACACAUCUAUUUCACCAAGCAUUUCUUUCAUAACAGCGCUUAUUUGCCCUCCACAAAGUCCCAAAACUAUCCUUCAGAUGAUCUUUUAUGUACUUAAUCCCUUUUAUGUAUAUACAUUUUUAUUCAUUCAUUUAAUUAUUGGUUUUUCUAAAUGUAAUAUGUUUUUCAGUUUUAUUCAUAUGCUGACAUUUUCUGGACUGUACUAGUUGUUGCUCUGUACAAACAUGUUAUUCUGUUACUAUUUUUAUUUAUUUAUUUUA